AUGUCAAAAUCGUCCCGACCACCAAAGCAACCGCUUACAAGAGACGAACGUUUCAGACGUCAACUGGUGAAAGCUGAAGGCUUCAAAAAUUAUCAGCUUCAACUGCUUGAAAACUUACAAUCGCCUGCUCUUGCCAAGGGGGGAAGCGAUACCCUCGUGUUUUUUUCUCCCGGGUUUCCGAUAACUGAAACGCUAUGGCCAUAUCUACUCAGGAAAGAAGAACCGUGGAAUCAUUCAGAUAUGAGGUCGUUUGUAAGUUCGUGUCUGAUAGCUUCAUCUCCAGGGAAUCCAUUAGCCGAAGAAGUGGUUAACAAACUGGCCAGCGAUAAAGGAAUACCUAAAAUAAGACUCAUUUGCAAUUCGUCGGUUAGCGUCGAUGCUGGUUUAAAGGAAAAAUCAGUCUCUUUUCAAUCAGUUAUACUGCCCUUUAUAGCUCUGCUUAUUAGAAAUGGCGUUAGAGAGUCGACUUUUGAAAGACAAGUUAAUGGCAUAUAUUCGGCCGUCUAUGCAUACGUUGACAGUUUUAUUCAAGACCAAGUAUUAAAUUGUGUAGACGAGUUAAUUCGUAGAAGAUCUUUGAGAGACACCAGCGUUGGAGAACAAGAAUUACUAAAAAAUAAUGCGUUUAUACCUGUGACUUGCGCGCAAAUAGUUUUAGUACUCGUACGAUUCAUAAACGAGAUACUCGGAAGAAUUCGAGAAGCCAAAUUUAACUUGUCAAUACAAGUUAUUGGGGGACGCUUAGAACAAGCGAAUAAUGCAUGGAAAGACCUUCUAACGAGUGGCCAUAUAGUUGGAGAUAUUUUAUCGGAUGAAGCUGCAGACAAGUCGGCAUAUUGCUUUACGAUUAUCGAUAAGGAGUUGGAUAAAAUGAAGCGAAUUUUAAAUAUAGGAAAGCAAAGUUUAGAAAAGGGAGAAGAAAGCAUAGCGUCAGGUUCCGCAAACGUGAGCCCAUGUAUUGAUGCAAAAAAUAUAGCAAUGGAAAUAGAAUUGCAACGCGAUUAUGAUCCACCUGGUGAGUUGUCGAAGCUUGGAAAGCGUCACGAUAACGAUGAAAUAAACUUUCAAGAUAUAGAUGUCAUCCCAACUCCCGCAGAAAUUUUUUGCAAACGAAGUCCCUUUCUUCCAUCCAGUCUUCCGUAUGCUCCUCAUUUUCUCGAUGCAGGGCCGAAAAAAAUGCUCGAUAUUCAAUUUCGUCUUCUACGUGAAGAUAUGUUACGUCCGUUACGUGACGGUCUUUACAACCUUGUAGCAGGUUUAAUCGAAAACGAACAACAAAUGACGAACCUAAUAAAUAAAAGUGGAAGGUUCAGAUAUGACAAAGGAAAAAUCAACGGAGACUUGAAUGUUUAUUCAAACGUCAGAUUUAAAAAUAUUAAGGUGGACAAACGGAAAGGAUUUUUGGUUCAAGUGGGAUUCAAACCACCGAAGGCUGCUGGAAAGUCCAAGAAGCAAAGGAAAGACUAUUGGGACAGAUCAAAAAAGUUGCUGAACGGAAGUUUGAUUUGCGUAUUAUGGGCUUCUAAGCUUGACGGGGAUAAGGGUAUCAGAAACUCGACGAAUGGUUACACUCUUUAUUUUGGAGUUAUUACUGAUAGACAGCCAAACUCACUAGCAAAUGAGUAUGAAGCUACAAUCGGUGUUACUUUUAUGGAUACUUCAAUCUAUCCAAUUGUUUUGGAAGAUAUAAAUUGUACGCCAGACGCGAGUUCUAAAACGCCCGAUAGGUUUAUGGUAGAAUCCACGGGUGUUUAUUUCGAAGCGUAUGUACACAUAUUAAAAGCUCUCCAAGACUUCAAUCCAGGGGCACUGCCAUUUUCUCGACAUCUUGCACCAGUUACGAAAGAAGAUCUAUCGGCUGGAUUCGAGCCGCCAUUAUAUGCACGUGCGCCGGGUUUUAAAUUUGAUCUGUCAGUUUUGCUUGGCAGGAAUAAACAUUGUAUGCUAGAUCCGACGGACGAGCUCUCGCAGGACCGAGCUAUAAAAAGUAUAAUUGAAGCAGAUGUACUAGAUAAAAGUCAAGCUGAAGCAUUAGUUCGCUCCUUGUGCAGAGAAAUUGCAUUAAUCGAAGGUCCACCUGGCACCGGAAAGACAUAUGUUGGGGUAAAGUUGAUGAAAGUGUUAUUGAAUAGCGCAAAUCGGAAAAGGGCGGCUAUUGGACCAGUGCUGAUUAUUUGCUUUACCAAUCAUGCGCUGGAUCAGUUCCUUGAACAUCUCUUGCAUGCCGGCAUAAAACAGAUUGUUCGUUUAGGAGGCCAAUCAAAGUCAGAAGAGAUCAAACCGUUUAGUCUGGAGGAACAAUGUCGCAAUCGAAGAAAGACGGCUGAACAGAGCCAAAGCCUACAAGGAAUUAGACCGUUUGUCCACCGAAGCGGGAAGGUUGGCGGGGCAAUUGUCCCAAAAGGCAAUAACGCUGUAUCAUUAUUUCUUUUAAUAAACUAUCCUUCGAUUUAUGAACAACUGUGUGAGAAGCAUGCGGAUACGGAUAAUGAACAAGAUGCGGAUUCCGACGACGAAUGGGAAGAAGUUGUCAAUAACAGGAAGCGCCAUGAGGAUCGAUUUUCUCAAUGGCUUCAUGGUUCAGAUCUCGAGCAAAUUAAGAAUAGCUUACGGAACAAGGAAAAGGGGAAACAGAAACAAAGGGAACCGCAACUUUUAUCAACCCACAACCAGUAUGAGUUCUUGCAGGGUCAGAUGGAAGGGAUGCAAGAUCAGGAAGGGAUGCAAGAUCAGGAAACGAAAUUAUUUUAUGAAGAAGAUGCAACCAAUCUUGUAUCGGUAGAAAGAAUAGAAGAUGACGGUAUUCGAGUAUGGGAACAGCAGGAUUUGGAAAUCCCUGAAUCGGAUAGACCAUUAGAGAUUUUGCUCCAAGAGCAGAAUGUAUGGAAAAUGAGUAUGAAUGAGAGAACUAAAUUGCAUAAUCAUUGGAAGGAACUUAUUCAUAAAGACGUUGUACAACGGUUGGCCGAUUUAGAAAAAACACUCGCUGGAAAAAGAAAGGAAAUUAACGACAUUCAUGACGGAGUUCGUAAAAAAAUACUGUCAACAGCUCAUGUUAUUGGUAUGACGACCAAUGGGGCUGCUAAAUUUCAAUCAUUAAUACGUUCAGUAGCUCCACGUAUUAUUGUAUGCGAAGAAGCGGGCGAAGUUUUAGAGGCUCACAUUCUUGCCCCUUUGAAAGAAACGCAACAUCUGAUUCUUAUAGGAGACCAUUUGCAGCUAAGACCGCAUGUUACAACAUAUGAACUCAGUCUAGACUCCAAUGUCGGCAAAAAGUUUGCGCUUGAUCGGUCCAUGUUCGAGCGUCUGGUCAAUGACGAAAAACCAAUGGUCCAACUACUGACGCAACGGCGAAUGCGCAGCGAAAUAGCCGAUCUAGUUAGAAAGACUCUGUAUCCCGAUCUUAUAGAUCAUGAAUGUACAGCAGCAUACCCCCGUGUACGUGGAACCACCCACAACUUAUUUUUCUUCGAUCACAAAAAUCCAGAAGAUGCUGCUGGCAGCAAUCUAUUUGUACAAUCACACUCGAACUCAUUUGAGGUAAAGAUGGUGGUAGCGAUGGUAAAAUAUUUUGUUCGAAAUGGCUACGAUAAAAGCGGUGACAUUGCUGUAUUAACGCCAUAUUUGGGUCAGAUGAUUCAAAUACGAGAUGCAUUAAGCAAACAAUUCGUAGUCAUCAUUGAUGAAAGAGAUGGUGAGCAAAUAACUAGGAUGACUGAGGACAACGAAGGCAAAGAGGAUGCAUCAUCAUCUGCGCCAAUUCCCAUGGUGUCAAGGAAUUUGCUAACUCAGCAAGUAACAUUACGUACCAUUGACAACUUUCAAGGUGAAGAAGCGACGAUAGUUAUUAUAUCACUUGUCAGAAAUGUGAAUCAUGCCAAUGGCAGUGGUACGAUAGGCUUUUUGAAAUCUGAAAACCGUACGAAUGUAUUAUUAUCCCGUGCUAAACACGGAAUGUUUCUACUGGGAAAUGCCGAUCUCCUGGCUGAGAGGGCGCGGCGGGAUAAUACAACAAUGUGGCCCACCGUAAUCGACAUACUCAGGGAAAAGGAACAACUAGGCAAUGCUUUCCCAUUACGAUGCAAUCGGCAUCCCGAUACACUCAAGUUUGUCGAGAGACCUGAACAGUUUUCAGAAUUUGCUCCCGAUGGCGGAUGCCAAGAGCCAUGUGGGUUUACGUUACAGUGCGGUCACGUAUGCCAAUACAAGUGCCACUCUGAUGAUCCGGAUCAUGUUGGUAUCAAGUGUGGGAAACCGUGCCAGAGAUUACAUGAGCCGUGUCAACAUACUUGUCCCAACCUAUGUGGGGAUAAAUGUGGAAAUUGUGAAAUAAUGAUAAACAAUGUCGGAUUACCAUGCGGACAUGUAAAAAGCAAGGCUCCAUGUUACCGAGCGCGUGAUCCAACAGCAAUCAAUUGUACAGAGCUUGUUGAUUGUAUUCUUCCCCGAUGUGGUCACGAGCAAAAGAGGCAUUGUUUUGAAGCGCCAAAAGAUAUUAUAUGUAAGCAAAAGUGCGGAAUCCUGUUACCUUGUGGUCAUCUUUGCCUGUCCAAUUGUGACUAUUGUCAACGCAUGUCUAUUCGUGCGUCACCUACGGGAGAGGCUCUAUUGGAUGCAGAAGGGCAUGUGAUAAGGUCUAAUCACGCGCCAUGCACGCUGAUAUGCGAUCGCAAUUUAUACUGCGAACAUCGAUGCGAAAGCAAAUGCCACGACGGAAAACUAUGUCCGCCAUGCCCUAACAAAUGUGUGAUUAAAUGCAAACACUCUGCAUGCAGUAAAAAGUGCUCUGAACCGUGUAAUGUCUGUGCAGAGCCAUGCGACUGGCAAUGCGACCAUCAGAAAAAGUGUUUGUUAAGUUGCGGGUCUCCUUGCAUUCGUUUGCCGUGUAACAAGCGAUGCGAGAAACUGUUGCCCUGCAAACAUCAAUGUCCUGGUGUAUGUGGAGAAGAGUGUGUCCCCGUCGAAUUUUGUCCCAUUUGUGCCCCACCCCAUAUUCAGAGACAAAUGUCAGAUAUGGCUAUGUUGGAUGAGUUUGACCAAGUUGAUUGGAAUCUUAACAGAAUGAUUGUUCUGGAAUGUAACCAUGCAUUUACAAUGGCUUAUCUAGACAAACAGUUAGGAAUGAGUAAAUAUUAUGAUGGUAUCGACGGAGAGGCAGCUUUUGAAAAGAUUUGGAUUAAGAUUUGUACACUUCCUAAUGAACUAGGAAGUAUUCAAAGAUGUCCAAUGUGUCGGCAUCCAAUUACGAAUAUUAGAAGAUAUGGGAGGCCGAUUAAGAAGGCGAUAUUGGACAUGCAGAGCAAGAAAUUUUUGUUAAAGUAUACAAACUUGUUACGAUCGUAUACUGAAAAGGUUCGAAAAGCCGUCGACGCGCUUGACAAAAAACGAAACCACUUUCUCAAGAAAUUUGAGCAAUUGUUUCGCGCCAAACACGAUGAAAAGUGCCCUGAAUUACCUAAGCCUCCAAAAAAUUUAGAAGUUCAAGAGCUCACUCACUUGGAUGAAUUUGUUAAACUUCGCAAGAUUUAUGAAAUACCGCGCAGUCAUACUAAUUACUGGAUUAUACAUAAUAUUGACCUGAUUCGGAUAUAUAGUGAUCUGUCAAUCCUGCUGGCCGAGACUAAGACUCCUCCAUGGAAGGCAACUUUCGGAGCGGCAGUAUCACAUCUGUUUAGAUCCAGGGUAAAUGAAAUGGAUUGUAUUAUUCAAGCGACUGACAAACUGAACAUCUCAGACGGCGAUUCCGAUAAUAUGAUACUUUCCCUACAACGUGAAUCGUUUCAUGGAGUAGGAAUGGUAUUUCCAGUGAUAGAUCGCAAAUGCUAUUUGGAGAUAUUCCUUGUUAUAGUCAAUGUUCAGAAGAUCUUGUUUCAAGAAGCCGAUCACGUAGUUCAGUCAUUAACUGAUGAAUUGACUGGUGAUACUCGAUAUUGUUGGAUUAAAUUUGGUCUCUUUAUUCUUGAAUCAAUGAUAUACCACCUGAAUUCUAUUAUCAGAGUAUCCAAGGAAACCAAAUACUAUCGCCAAUACGUGACGGCUACUAUCGAACUGGCCGAAGCAAGAUGCCGUUUCUACCGAUAUACCCUCCAACACAAGAAGAUGUCGGACGACGUCGUUGAGCAAGAGAGAAAGAAUACCAUCGCACAAUGUAAAGAAAUCGUUGAUCAAUUCACAGUUCUAAUCAACGAAAUAUUUCCCCAACUUCAGGCCGACCAUUUCCAAACCCAAUGUGAGAAUAGAAUGGAAAAUAUAGUAAAAGAAAUUGAACAAGUUACGAAUUUGGCCAGAGGGGGAGUACUAACGAAAAAGGAAAAGAUAGAGAUAUUUCAAGCAAUGAACGAAGAGUUUAUCGGAGGAGGUCAUUGGUAUACUUGUCCCAAUGGACAUACAUAUACAAUUGACGGAUGCGGACGUGCGAUGCAAACAAGCAGAUGUCCGGAUUGCAGAGAAACAAUCGGCGGGUCAAAUCACACGUUGUUGGCUACCAAUCGUCGUGAUGAAGAGUUUGAAAGCCUCAGGCUAUAUUAA